GUAUACCGAUUACGUUGAGCCACUCGCGUUUCGAGCCCCAAACACUGCGACGUUUUGAUACUCAUCGCGACUCUCAAAUUGUGAAAAUUAUCUCCACUUGAUGUCCCAAAACACUGUCUGCUGUAUUUUAGGUAAACGCGUAAAACCAGCCCGGUGGCAACAAUAAGGCGCUCCAGCUAGUGCUAUCGUAACCAACAUCUCAAUCCUUCGGGGCCAUCAAAGCUAGCAAGUCAGUGAGAGCAAGUAAACAAAAUGAAGUAAAAUACAACACUUCAUUGAUUGUGAAAGUCAGUAUUACAAUUUGGCAGCGCACGUUUCAUAACGAUAUCACAUUUAUAAUCAAACAUAAAAAAAUCAACUUUCACAGCUAAAUAUCACAGAUAUUUAGCAACAACGAACUUAUAUACUUCUUCGUUGUUUUCGUCUUUGCGGAAAAGAUGAUGGUCACGAAAACAUGGCGGCCUAGCAGGAACUUGCGUAAAACAAAUGUAUUACUAUUUGUUUGUUUACGUUGCAAUCAGCUGAUUUUGAAGUUCCGAUUUGAUCUCAUCAAGAUGGCGUCGUGACAUAACAUGGUGACAUGGUUUCGCUAUCUUUGCGGUUCAGAGAUGCCAUUUAUACAGAUUUAUCUGUAUUAUACAGAUUUUUAUAUGCUCAUACAGAUUUAAUACAGAGUACAGAUUUCCUCAAUUUAAUACAGAUUUAUAUAGAUCUCACAAAAAGUAAGAAAUAAAAUAUUAAACUUUUCUGUCUGAGUUAUGUUUUAGUAUUUGAUUCCAGUGAUGAGAUAAAAGUAUUUCAAUCAAGGGACAAGUUACAAAUUAAUAUGGAAAUCAGUUGUGAAAUCCAUUUAUAUUAUAAUUUGAACUGAUAUUCAAGGAAGUAAUGGCAUCAUGAAAUUUUACUGUCAAACUGAAAGUUGUAUGACCCGACUUGACGUUGCAUAUUGGGCGUUGAAAUUUCAUGUCAAAUUAUGAAGCCAACAAUUUCAAACUAGAUAAAUAUAUGGAAAUACAAUUAAAUUGUUGUGGAUAAAUAAAUAAAAAAAAGACAAUGAAAUUUUGUCGUUGAAUAUUCUUGUGAGCGCAGCAAUGACUGAUUGAAUCUACCAUCCUACAACCACAAUCUAUUGGAAUAACAUUUUUUGGCAUCAUUUUGUCAAUACAGGUUUUCUAUGAAAAUAUCUGGCAUCUCUGGGUAGGAGAGAGAAACUCGAUUUGUUUACUAUAUCCUAUAGGAUUCGUUAUUCUUUGAAAAACAGCUUGAGAUCAGUGAGGUGACGCCGGCCAGAAAAAGAAGGAAAUGUUAAAAUAAUAAUUCGCGAGAUGGUCCAUAGCCUUAGAGGGAAUAGCGAACGUUUCUCUUGUAUAUUGAAUAAAAUCACCCGAAGUAAAAUGGAAUUUUUCCUUCAACGAGAUGGGAUACUAAAAGAGGAUGAACCCGAAAACAGUCCUGCAACCUUUUCCCCAUCGUCCGUUCCAACAAUCGAUUCCCCACUAAAGCUCGAAUAUGAGAUUGGUGAAGAGGGAUUCACGCAGAAUAGUGAUUUCCAUCUCGAAUAUGAAAUUUGUGAUGAAUUCACAAAGAAAAGUGAGCUUCCUAAAGACGUCUUAGUACCUGAAGGAGAACAGGUUUAUAGUUGCAAAAUUUGUGGGGAACAAUUUUCAAUGGAGAGUGUCCUGAACAAGCACAUGAUCGUUCAUACUAAUAACCAACAAUUUAUGUGUAAUGUGUGUGGCAAAGAAUUUCGGUAUCAUCAGCUACUAAAGGACCACACAAAUAUUCACACAGGUGAACGGCCUUACAAAUGCGCUGUAUGCGGAAAAGACUUUCAUCGUAAAAUGAAACUUUCUAUACACAUGCGACUUCACACAAGCGAGGGACAGUACAAAUGUACCGUAUGUGGAAAAGAUUUCGCGACUAAGGAUUACUUAACUAAACACAUGUCUAAUCACCAAAGUGAGCACAAAUAUAAGUGCGAAGAAUGUGGCAAAACCUUUCAUAAUGGUGCUAACCUCGCUAGCCACCAAAGCAUUCAUCAUUCGAACGAGAAGUUUAAAUGCGACAUAUGCGAGAAGGAUUUUUCCGUUAAGCGUUACCUAACUAAACACAUGUCUAUUCACCGAAGUGAGUUUAAAUAUAAAUGUGAAGUGUGUGGCAAAGCCUGGAAUAAUUGUACUAGCCUCACGAAACACAAACGCAUUCAUACGAACGAGAAGUUUAAAUGCACUAUAUGCGGGAAAGAUUAUGCCAAUAAAUAUAAUCUCAGGGGACACAUGAAAAUUCAUUUGAAUGAUUACGAGCAUAAGUGUGAUGUGUGCGGCAAAGGAUUCAACUGCAAAUCACUUUUGAAAGACCACGGACAUAGGCACACAGGUGAACGGCCUCACAAAUGCACCGUAUGUGGAAAAGAUUUCAUCAAUCGGCGUUUCCUAUCCAGACACAUGCUUAUUCACACGGAUGAUUAUAAGCAUAAGUGUUACGUUUGUGGUAGAGGAUUUACGACCAAAAGACGCUUGCAAGGUCAUGAACGCCUUCAUACAGGAGAGCGACCGUAUAAAUGCACCGUAUGUGGAAAAGAUUUCGCGACUAACUAUUACUUAUCCAGACACAGGUUUAUUCACGGAGGAGAUGAUAGGUACAAGUGUGAAGUGUGUGGCAAAGGCUUUUAUGAACGUAAUAACCUCGCGACACACAUACGCAUUCAUACAAACGAAAAGUUUAAAUGCACCAUUUGCGAGAAAGAUUUUUCCAAUAAGUAUUAUCUCAGCAUGCACAAACGCAUUCAUACAAACGAAAAGUUUAAAUGCACCAUUUGCGAGAAAGAUUUUUCCAAUAAGUAUUAUCUCAGCAUGCACAAUCGCAUUCAUACAAACGAAAAGUUUAAAUGCACCAUUUGCGAGAAAGAUUUUUCCGAUAAGUUUUAUCUCAGCAGACACAUGAAAAUUCAUGCGGAUGGUUACGAUCAUAAGUGUGAUGUGUGCGGCAAAGGAUUCAUCUCCAAAUCGCGUUUGAAAGACCACAAAAAUAUUCACACCGGUGAACGGCCUUACGAAUGCGCUAUAUGCGGAAAAGACUUUCAUUGUAAAAUGAUACUUUCUGUACACAUGCGACUUCACACAAGCGAACGACCGUUCAAAUGCACGGUAUGUGGAAAAGAAUAUGCCAUUAAGGAUUACUUAACUAAACACAUGUCUAUUCACCAAAGUGAUUACAAAUAUAAGUGCGAAGUGUGUGGUAAAGGCUUUAAUCAUAGAACAAGCUCCGUGAGACACAAACGCAUUCAUACGAACGAGAAGUAUAAAUGCACCAUUUGCGAGAAAGAUUUUUCAUAUAAGUAUUAUCUCAGCAUGCACAAACGCAUUCAUACAAACGAAAAGUUUAAAUGCACUAUUUGCGAGAAAGAUUUUUCCAAUAAGUAUUAUCUCAACAAACACAUGUGUGUGGCAAAGGAUUCUUCUCCGAAUCACUUCGAGGAAACGAUUUGCAUUGUAAAAGACGAGAUGCUGGAUAUUGCACAAGACGAAAUGGAAGACAAUUUAUCGACACACAAGAAGCUUCAUAUUGAUGAACGACAAAUUUACAAAUGCGAUACAUGCGGCGUAGAAUUCACCGAAAACUAUCGUUUGGUAGAACAUCAAUGUGUUGGUCAAUCUCUAAAAUGUCCCGUUUGUGGUAAAGAUUUUGCUCGUAAACAAAACCUAAUCUCUCAUCUGAUUCUUCAUGCAAGAGAAAAUUCUCUGCACAAACGUGAUGUGGGUGGCAAAGAGUUUGAACAGUCCGCACGGAAUAUAGCAGCUCAUGACCGUGAACGGCAACAAAACAGGUGAAGUAACAUCUGUUCACUUUAAUGAUCGAUAUCAGUUACAAACAUCUAAGAAAAUUUAUAACUUUAGGACGCAAAACCC